UGUGGAAAAAGUUUUACUCAAAAACAGCAUUUAAGUCAGCACAUGAGGAUUCACACUGGAGAAAAGCCGUUUUCAUGUGUGACCUGUGGAAAAAGAUUUAGUCUUAAACAGGAGUUAACUCGGCACAUGAUGAUUCACACUGGUGAAAAGCCGUGUGGAAGGUGUGGAAAAAGUUUUAGGCUAAAACCGGAUUUAACUCAGCACAUGAGGAUUCACACUGGUGAAAAGCCGUUUUCAUGUGGGAACUGUGGAAAAAGUUUUAGUCAAAAACCGCUAUUAACUCAGCACAUGACAAUUCACACUGGUGAAAAG